AUGGGACCCGGCGACUUCUUUUGCGAGGGCGGAGUCGUUUCGGCACAGCCCCGGGGAGAAUCCGUGCGCGCGGUAAUACCUGUCAAGGUUAUUAAUGUCAGCCUGGCCAGCUGCCGCCGGAUGAUCGACGCGCCUGGAAAGGUGUCUUCCAGCCUUCGUCGGGUGGCUCUCAGUCGGGCGCUGUUCAGGGCGAAGAACGUCGUUCGCGCGGUCCACUCCGUCACGAAGAGGCUUCUGGGCCCUGGGGAGGCGGUGUUUCGUCAGGGGGAUCGGGGUUCGUCGCUGUUCACGGUGGAGGAAGGGGAGCUCAACGUCGUCAAGGAGCACUCGGGCGUCCACCGCACGGUGGUUCGACUGUCGCCAGGCAGUUCCGGCACGGCGUGUACAAGAUGCUCACAUAGCUUGGGAGCGAGGCGACCUUUUCGGACAAGGAGCUGCGGCAGGUCUUCGGCCGAGACGGCCAAGUCGGGCACGCUGAGCCUCGCCGAGCUCAAGGCGGCGCUCCUCAGGGCGGACCCCCUCCUGCACGAGUCCGCCGUGGAGGAGAUCAUGACGAUGCUCGACCUCAACGCCGUCGGCAGCGUGUCUUUCCAGGAGUUCUUGAAGAUCAUCCGAUGGGACCCGUAA